GGUAUAUCUUGCAUCGGGCUUCGAUUGGGUUAGUGCGAUGUUAUUAGGGUUUUGGCUUAUUUGGGAGCGGUAGGUGUGGGGAUAGGCGUUUGCGAUGCGCAUGGGGAAUUUGGGGAUGAGAGUAGGGCUGGAAUGAGAGUAUAUAGGUGAGGCUGAUCCCCACUUACAGACAUUCAGUAAAUAUCAUCGACAUCCCAAUUCAAUCAAUAACAAUCAACACCAACACUAUUCACCAUCACUCGACGUCAACCAUCUACACUUCAAACAUUCACCAUGUCUUCUCCGGCAACUCAAUACGUCUACAUCCCCAACCUCGUUGGCCGUCAGAUGCUCCGCAUUCCCCUUGAGGAAGUCGAGGCUGAGGACAUCGUCACAUUCUCCUCCACCAUUUCGCGAUCAUCGAGCGAGACUAUGGAGAGUGCGCCCUUGCACGUCCGCGAUUCCUCGCGCUCCCUCAGCAUCUCGUCUGCCUCGUCCGUUGAAGAGGCGGAAUGAGCACGUUACUGUGGGGCACGCAACCCAAAAGAUCGAACCAAAACCAAAACAUCACAACCACUGUUGUACAACAAGGCCGGAGUACUGGGAAACGCUAGCAACUCGAGACGAGUGUCACCGUUGAGUCCUUUGAGAUCGACGUCAUUCGACACCGUCUACCAAAAGUACGGAGUCCUAACAAUGAGGUGUGUCGCAAACGGAAGCAACCAACAAAUAGCCUGGUGAAGCAUGUUAUCAUUUCGACAAGUCGAGAUGCGGGGUAGGACAAAGAAUCGCGAUAGGGAUGAGGGUAUCAUUACCAACAAAGGAAGGUUCCGUCGGAUCACGAAGACGGGCGACAGAAAUGGAAGGGAGGCACGUUGCUGCCUGGUUGAA